UAUGUGUUUACAUUGAUGUUAUCAAUGUUUAGAAAUUUGUAUACAAAAAAUUUGCUGUUUUUUAAAAUUUUGAACAUCUCAAUUGAAACCAACAUAUCAGUAACAAAGAGUUAAAUUCUUUUUGUUAUGUAAAUAUGUCAAUUGGAAUAAAUGUCUUAUUAGGAUAUGGAAUUUAAUCUAAAGUCUUAUAUAUUAAAUCCACAGUAUUUUAAUACUGGUUUCAAAACCUAGUUACACAAUCAAAACAUGGAUAAUAUAGUUGAGGAGCUGGGGAUACCGAAGAAAUACUUGAAGAAUACUUUGAAAAAUGAUAGAUUUGUUGCCUGUGUACAUAAAUCAUGGUUGAAAUCCCUUGUGAAGCAUUCAAAACUCAUAGAAUUCAUUGAGAAGUGCAAUAAACAUGAUAUAUGGUCCAGCAACGAGGAGUACAAUAUAUUUUGGGAGCAAAUAUUGGUCAGAGUAUUCAAAAAAUGGGAUGCAAAAGUACUGCCAUUACCAAGGAUACGAAAAGUGGAUAAUAAUACGUCACCCUUGUUCCUAGUUCAACUAUUACAAUAUAUAUCGCAAACAAACUAUAGAAAUUUAACUAAAAGUGCCAAAAAAAAACUUCUUAUCGAUGAUAAAAUCACCAAAGAAAAGCAGAUAUCAUUGGUGCAGUAUAACGACGCAUUAAAACAUACAAUCUGUAGAUUAUAUGGCUGUCCCAUUGUCAAUAUUUGUGAUACUAAUUUGAACGUUGAGCUAUCUGAAGAGUUUGAAGUCAAUCUGAAUGUUUUACCGUCAGUAUGCUGCAUAGAAACUCUAAAUUCAAUAUUUCUUAUUCAUAUUCCCUACAUUGAUCAUACAUUGAACGACUGUAUAAAUUUUAGUCCAGCAAUUCUAGAAAAAUGCUUCACAAAACCCCUUUUCAUUAUUUACCAAUUGCUUCAAGUUUUGAAAGGUCUUCACGACCGCAGUUUGACUGUAGGAAACAUUUCUCUGAGUGAUAUAUAUUUAACUGAAGAUUUAUGGAUAUAUGUGAUGCCUGACAUAACCUCAAAUUUGCACGUGCGUAGCACACAUGUCGAUUUACUGAAAGAGGAUGGUCAAUAUGAUUGCUUGAAGAAUGGACAUUUCUUCAAUUACCAACUAAAGUGUGAAUACUGUGGAAUCUGUACGUACGACAGAGUCCAAAUUGGUGAUGAAAAAUUGGAGAAGUUGUGCCAAUUGUGGAUAAACGGCGAUAUAUCUAACUUUACCUAUAUUACUGCGUUGAAUAACUUAUCAGGCAGAAGAGUUGGGGACCCAAACUGCCAUCACGUAUUUCCAUGGGUCACCGACUUCUCCUCGCGUUGUGGUAAGAAUUGGAGGGAUCUGAAGAAGUCUAAAUAUCGCCUGAACAAGGGAGAUCAACAAUUGGACCUUACCUUUGAAGGGUCCCAAACGCAAGUGUCGCAUCACGUGUCUGAUGUUCUUUCCGAAAUAACCUAUUAUGUUUAUAUGGCUAGACGUACUCCGAAGGCCGUGCUGUGCAAGAAUGUUAGGACGAAUUGGGUGCCAGCCGAAUACCCAAGUUCCAUUCAGAGAAUGCAGAAAUGGACACCGGACGAGUGUAUACCAGAGUUCUUCACCGACCCGAGUAUAUUCCGGAGUAUACACGAUGAUUUGGACGAUCUCGAGGUGCCUACCUGGUGUGCGGGCCCCGAAGAUUUUAUACAGAAGCACCGAGAGGCAUUGGAAAGUUCACAUGUCUCUGAGAGACUGCACCAUUGGAUUGAUCUCACUUUCGGCUUUAAGCUAUCAGGGAAUGCUGCGAUAAAAGCCAAAAAUGUGUGCCUUCAUCUGGCAGACGAACAUACGAAUUUAACCAAAUCUGGAAUAGUACAGCUGUUCAAUUAUCCACAUCCGCCUAGGUAUUCGAUAGCUCAAGCUUUAACAGUUUUUCCAACCAAAAAUAGUAUCCAGAAAAUUCCAAGACAAAGAACCAGAGAUCGCAGUCAUUCUUCCUUUGGCUCAGGAGCAUCCUCCAAGAACGAAGAGGAUGAAUCUAUAGAAGACGUCCCGAGCGUAAUCAAUACCAGGUCAUCCCUAGGAUUCACUAGAUACCUCUCACAAAGUAGGACCUCACUGAACGAAGAUAUAGACCACAAAUCGACAAAGAGUCCUUCGAGAAGCUCAAGUGUGGGCCCCAAAAUUCCCACCUUCAGCUCUCACGUUUCCUCCAAAUCCAAAGUUCAAUCUAACGCAGUUAAAAACGAUAGCAUCGUUUUGCCGAAAGAUUAUAAGCCAGAGCUAGCACUUGAUCUUCUCGAGAAAAGACAUGUAUUCUUCUCUCGAACUUUUCAUCCAGAAUCAACCAAGAGGAUGAUACCGCCACAAGAUCCCGAAGAAAACCAGAACAUCCUGGUCUCUGAAGAUUCGACCGUACAGAAUUCCUUCACGAAUUUCAUCUUUUCGGAACCGUUCCAGAUGAAUUCGGCCAGGAUGAAUUUUCCUAUAGAUAGGUGCGGCAUUUAUCCUUGCAUGGGUAGACAAAAGACUGCAAGUAAAAAGAACGAAAACGCGGUGUUUUGUAAUUACGUCGAGAUUAUAUCCAAACAUCGCGUGAAAGAGCUCCAAGUACUCGGUUGUUUGAUAGUAGAGAUAUUCUUGCAUAAAAGAAUGCAAGCUUUGAGCAUCAACAAACAAAAAUUGACGUUCAAAGAAAGGUUGAAAGCCUGCAUUUCCGUGUUGAAGAGUUGCGAGUCUGAGAUGCCACUGUGCGUCAAGUACAUAGCCAACUUGCUGUUGCAAUCAGGCACGGAGGAUUUCAGGAAUUUUUCCUACCCAGUCGUUACAGAGUUUGGGUUGCCAAGUCCAAACGCCCAUUUCCUGCUAGAACCUCUGAUCAAUUUCAACAUUCCGUUCUCCGAACAUUUCCCCACACUCUACAGAUUACUGUCGAUCCUGAAGAACUUGGACAACGUCUCCAAAGAAUUGAACGUUUUGUACCACUUCGAUUGUGACGGCACCGCCUGUUCUAGCUAUGAAAACUUGGAGAGGACCAAAAUCUUGUUCAUACAGAACAUCGCCGAAUGCAAAGUAAAAACGUGCGUGAAACUGAUCACUGAGAUCUUCGAGGAUCUCAACACCACAACCGACGUUGAAGUUGUCAACAUCAUUUUGCCCUACGUGAAGCAAUUGAUCGAAGAUCCGCCCACUUCGGUUCUUGCUGCUUGGUAUCUGUUCGACCCGAUUUCCAAGGUUAUGGGACCGCAGAAAACUGCUAAAACGCUACUGGAUUCCGUUCUGAAACUUUACGAGAACGAACCAAGCGAAUACACCGUACCUUACCACGGAAGAAUCGCCAAAUUGUACCAUCACAGCUUUCUGUUGAGACUUAUGGUGAGGUUGGGACUGAAGUGCUUCUUGGAUAAUUUCGUGGCGCCUAUAGUAGAGGCCAUAGGCGGGUAUAAGGACUACGAGAAAGUAGAUUUUGUGCUACAUUCUCAUCACGAGAAGAUCCUGAAGAAGACCUCUCACUUGAAGAACAUGGACGCGGAAGUGAGCGAGACCUCACCGAGUGACGAUUCCAGUUUUAGCAUGUCGAGUAAGCCGAAUGUUUCGCCUCAGAAAGAGACGCACGAACCUGAAAUCUUCGAUUUCGAAGAAGAUAAAACUUCGGAGAAACAGUUGAAAUCGUUGAUAGAGCAUUUGGAGUUGAAUGUUUCGUCGGAUCUUCCGUUUAACCAUUCAGCGGCCGAAGAGGCUUUAGAUGCGUCCCUUUCAGAGAACAUAGAUCAUCUUAGAAGUUUGGAGGAACUGAAUAUAAAUAUAGGUAAAGAUUAUGAUGCGAUGUCGCCUACAAUUGCGAUACCUACGCGCAAACCUCCAGAUUUGAACAAUAUCAGUUGCGAGAUCGGCAGCAAGAAGAGCGACAUCGAGAUGUACGACAAGAAAUCCUUGGAAUCCGAUAACACAACCUACAAUCUGGAUUCUCCGGAUGUCAAACCAUCAUCUUCGAAUUCUGGUUUCGUGAAAAAUAAUAAACGCGAGACUAAAAUAUCCGAUAUGAGCUCGGAUAGUUUGCUCUGGUUGUCUCAUCGCUUGGGUCCUGUUUUGACUGCGCGUUACCUGUCUAGAAAUCUUCUCAAGAUGCUGACCUUGUGUUACGUUGGCAAAGAGAAUUUGGUUCCUUCAAGUGAUUACAACUGUCAGAAUAGUAUUAUUUCCAUCACUUCGAGCUAUGUGAUCGGUGAUACAAACGCUGUCAAAGUUCUGGAUUGCCUGGGGAAUAUUGCAGGUCUUUAUGGAGAGCAAUUCAUUUUGUUUCAAUACAUUCCACAUAUGAGCGAGCUCAUUGCCUUGUGUAAAAAGAAAAUUACACCCAACCUUGAAGGGGGCCUUAUUUCAUGUUUGGCGUUACUGAAACACGUAAUCCCUUACAUAUCAGAUUCCACCCUAAUGGAUCAACUGCAAGACAAUAUCUUGAAGAACGUAAUCCAUCCAACCGUCCGUUUAUUGGGUUCCACAAAAUAUGUUUUUCCAAGUGGAUAUAUAGCCAGAACGGUUCUGGCCAAAAAAUACCUAGAUGCUAUGUAUGUACUGUCCAUUAGAAUUGGUGCCGAGAUGACGAGAACGCAUUUGGCUGUACCUGCCCUGCAGAGAUUCUUUUUUAUUUUCGACAAAGUGCAUGCCAAUGAAAAUUAUAAUAAUUACGAAGAUCAAAAGGUUAUUAAUUCAACGCAAGAUAAUGACAACUUAGUCGAGUUGAACAAAAACGAUCCUACAAAGGAAUGGGGCACCAGCAGACCCAUCCAAAUCAGCCCUAAUGACUUGAAGCCGUUCCAAAGCACAGACAGCAUAUCACCCCCUACCACUGCAGAGUCUACUAAACCAGACGCACCAGUCGACGCCGCCUUCGAAGAGUUGCAGAUGGUCUUCACCUCGGAACUAGCCCACAUCUCAUACAUCCCAUUCUUGAAACACCUAGGACUGGCUUCUAUAGAAAUCUCGCUGAAGAACCACGACACUAUCAAAUAUUUAUGCAAGGAAUACGCGAACGAAGCUCAAAUCACCCUGUCUAAAGCAAUACCAAACGCGAAAACGUUAGAUGCCAAUAAGACGUCCAGCUCAACACAUUCCAGUAGCAUAGGUAGUAACGUAGCAGUGAUCGGAAACAGGAUAGAGGUCCAGUGCGACCUGGAAGAGGCCUCAAACACCGAUUUGCUCAAUUUAGUUAGUAAUAAAAUAGAGAAUAAUAACAGGCAUCUCAGGGGAAACUGGCUCGCCUAUUGGGGACACGAGAUUGGAAGGUCAGAGAAGGACGUUAUGUUCAGUUUCAAACAGAUCAAGUUGCAGACUUUCAACGGGCACACCCACAGCGUUAAAUGUCUGUAUGCCUUGGAUAACGAGAACAGUUUCAUGUCGGGGAGUCGCGAUAAAACUGUCAAGUUGUGGUCGUUGAGGUCGCAAGGAGAUGGAUCCAGUGUUUCGAACUGCCAGUGGACCUAUACUGCUCACAGGAAGUCUGUACUUGCAAUAACAUUUAUCGAAAGCGUUAGACUCGUAGCCUCCUGUGAUAGUGUUGUACAUAUUUGGGAUCCAUUCAUGGGUGCCAACGUGGGACUUUUGGAAUCUCCGAAGUAUGCCCCCGUUAAUACCUUGAAAAGUAUGCCAGCUCCAUCUUGUUUGGUGUAUGCAGCUACCACAGAAGGCUCGCUCAAAGUUAUUGAUACAAGAUUAUGCAGUUAUAUAUACGAACUCAAGGUGAGUUUGAAUCCACCCGGCCUCAUACGCUGCCUGGCAGUCUCCCCAACAGGCUUAUGGGUUGCAGCUGGCCAAUCUUCUGGAAACAUUGCUGUGUUGGACACGAGAACAGGCCUGAUAAUAUCCUCGUGGAGAGCACACGAGAACGAGGUUUUGCAAUUGGUGGCUGUUGACAAUAAUACACUCAUAUCUAGUAGUCUUGAUCAGAAUGUGUCCGUUUGGAAUGUACCUGAUGGAAAAUUCAAGUUUCAUAUGAGGGGAAGUACCGAACCAGUUCACUGCCUCAACGUCUAUAAUACCGAACUGAUAUCAGGCUCCACAGCGAAUAGGAUUGGAGUCCACACAUCCAUUGACGUUGACGCUAGUUUUUCUAGCACAAAACUGAGGUCAGAUGCCUUCAAAGGUCUUUUAACGUCCAUGGUUCUUUUACCAUUGAAUAGGUUGUUAUUAUUAGGCGCAGAUACCGGUAAUAUAAGUCUUUUAUGUUGAUUUCUAGGUUGGUUUUUCGAUUUUGUAGACUUCGGUAAUAUCCAGGAUUAAAUAGACAUUCCUGGAAAGUCAAAAUUUAUUUCAGAAGUUAAAACCAGUUCGACGAUGAAACUUAUUAAAAACAUACUUCAGUUACUGUCAAUUAUAGUUUGACUGUGGGUUUUAUAUAGAGACGGAGUUGCUAUUGAUUUAAAAAAGUUUCUUUUCGUUUUUAUUCCGAUGUUAAUUUUUUUCGACGUUUUUUGUGAUUCAUGUGAACUCGAAAAAUAUUUUUCAAGAUAGUGUUCAAUGGUUUCUAACGGCAAUAUAAAUAAAUAGGCAUUUUCCCUUGAUUUGAAGAUGUUCACUGAUCACUCAAAAAACAAACCAUUCCUCUAUUCAAGAAAUUAAAAAAAAAGAACAGGAAAUCGAAAAGAGAAAAUAAUAAUCAGAUUGUUUCGAUUUUUAUCGAUAUGGUAUUUUCAUUUGGCUUCAUUAUUUCGAUUGUUCCUUUUUUGUUUCUGGAGCUUGUAAUGGUCAUCAAUAAUGAAUAAC